AUGAAGGAUCCUGGGACUUUUACAUUACCUUGCACCAUAGGAGGGAAGAUGGUCGGAAACGCACUGUGUGAUUUGGGGGCAAGCAUAAAUUUGAUGCCUUUGUCAAUCUUUAAGAAGCUAAACAUCGGCGAAGCCAGACCAACCACGAUUACAUUACAGUUAGCCAAUAGAUCAAUAAAGCUUCCAGAGGGCAAGAUAGAAGAUGUUCUCAUGCAGGUAGGCAAGUUUAUCUUCCCCGUCGAUUUUGUCAUAUUGGAUUAUGAGGCAGAUAGAGAAAUCCCUAUCAUCCUGGGACACCCAUUUCUCGCCACAGGGCGAGCAUUGAUUGAUGUCCAGAAAGAAGAGUUAACCAUCCGGGUCGAUGAUCAAGAGGUAAAGUUCAACGUACUCAAUGCGUUGAAGUAUCUAGAAGAUAUAGAAAAUUGCCAAUAUAUCGAAGAACUUCAGGGAGAACAGUUUUACGAACCCCUGAAGGAAAUGGAGGAGGAAGAUUUUGAAGAUGGCGCAAUAUUGGAGGAAGAUUGCACCGCAAUUCAUGCUGAAUCUAAUUUCGAACCGCUCAAGUUAUCUGAAUGGACUUUGCAGUGCAUUAAGCCAUCUUUAGAAGAGCCACCUGUGUUAGAGUUAAAGCCGUUGCCGGUGCACUUAAAGUAUGCUUACUUGGGAAGUAAUGACACAUUACCAGUUAUCAUCUCUGCAUCACUAAAUUACUUGAAGGAGUCAGUCGAGGUUUUCAUGGAUGAUUUCUCAGUUUUCGACAGAGAAUUAUACGACCACAGAAAAAGAAAUGCUCGCAGUGGUAUUUGCAAUGGAGAAGUUUUGACAGUACCUAAUCGGAACAAAUGUGGUGGUGUAUACGGAUCACUCUGCGAUUAA